GCAGCGCCCCCGCUUGUUUUUGUUUGCAGCGGGUAAAUUUCCAGCGCGCGAAAUACGACAACCGUACUGCUCCCAAAAAGCGCAAACAAGGCGUCAUGGAGGAAGCAAAUCUGGUCUGCAAUACUCCCUCGCACUCGAUGGUCUUGCGCCAAAGGAGGCACAAAGACGCUGAGAAUGUAGCCCUUGGGUCUCCGGUCACUGCUCGGUUCUCAUCAAGCUGUGAGGAGGGCUUGAUCGGCGGGAGAUCUGUACUUAAUCCAGUGCCGCUGAACGUGGGCUUGACGGGGUUGGUACCGAGUUUAGAGUCAAAAGCUGGCCGCCAGUUACGGACUGUCAAACGGGCAUGGGGUACAUUCAAAGCGAAAAUGAAGCCUUCUGGCAGGAGAACCAAUGGCAGAGGAGCCAGACGCCAUCUUCUCGACCUGACUGUCUCUGUCACCCCACGGACACCCGAGGGCGUCCUCUGCCUGAUGAAUUCCCCUCUGCCUUUGUCUGCCGUCCGCACACCCAGGAGCAUGUGUCGCUAUCGGGACCCGGUGGUGGUGCAGACGCCCUGCACCCCUGUGGAUGGAGUCAGGAGGUCGGAGAGAAUUGCCAAGCGCACUCCGACCCCGAAAAGGACCGCAUUGCGUACUUCUCAGAGGCAGUUGCCGAGGAGAUUGCAGAGUCCAGGUGACUUGACAAAUGAGAUAAACAGGGUGACCUCACAGCUGGACGCGCUGGCACAGGGUAUGAGGGUACUGGAAGCCAUGGAAACAGGGAUCACAAACUCCAUUGCCAGGCAGGACAGUGAGGAUUCCAUGAAACCAGAAAUCCAAGCUAAGGGCAAGGCCGCCGAGAAAGAACUGAAAGGUAAACGCAACAGUAGCUUGACCAGCCUCAAGGAGAGCUUUCAGAAACACUUGAAGAAACAAACAGCUGGUGGGGAGUCUAGCACGGAGGUGACAUCUGGAAACAAGACCAAGGACGAUGCAAGCAUUGCCAUGGCAACCACUAAGAUGCAGAAGGGCCAGCGUGAGAGCAGCUUUACAAACCUAAAGAACACUCUGCAGCGUGGUAUCUGGCCAAGGAAAGGGCAACGCCCAGCAACAGAUGAGGAGCAGGUGAUUAGUUGCCAUGACGACACUUCUGAGGAGGACAAUGAAGAUGCACCUCUUAUGAUGCAGUAAGGGUAGAAAAUGAGGCUUCUGCUUUUUUCUGUAUGUGGCAUGUAGUACGGUAAGUACAGUAGCAUUGAUCAUGGGUUGGGAUGAUUGGAGUACUGAUAUUGUAACUACAUUGUGUGCCAUGAAACGUUGCAGGGUAGGUGUGGUGUGUAUUUCAAGGGGAUUUCAGGGAAGACACUUUAUUUCCAAGUUGUGGGAAAGUUUUGGGCAACCAGUGAAUAAGUACGGACUGAGAGAACUUCAGAAGUACUGUAUACUGAACAGAAGUAUCCAUGCCCAAAUUGCCGUGUCUUUAAUAAUCAUUAUACCUGCCUACUGGGCAAAUAUUCCUAGAGUGUUGAAAUUUAUGUUUUGUAGAGAAUUUUUAAGUACUUCAUUCAUUGAGAUGAGUGGAAAAAAAUUUAUGAAGCUGGGGAAAGGAGAUCUUUUAAGUGCCUUUAAGAAAGGAAAUGAAAAAUUCAAAUUUAAGAAAUUGUUAUGUUUAGGAUGCCCAACAAAGGUUUCUUUGUCCAUGGUUUGUCAUAUUUAUUUAACAUUUGAUCACCAUGUAUAUCAUGCAGUUAUAAAUUGGCAGAAAGGAACAAAGGUGCUGCAUUUUUCUCAUGUAAUCUUAUUUUACUGACAAUUUUCAUAACUGAACGUAAUCUGUUUCUAUUGUUUUUAACUUGUGUAAUCCUUGCCUUAAUGGUAUUAACAUGUAUAAUUUCUUUCAUAUAAUGGGAAUUUUUGUUUAUGUAAAUUUAUUAAUGGAUUAUUAAAAGUACUAAAUCUAUAAUAACCGAUGCAUAAUAUUGUCCUUUGCCAGUGAAACGUAAUUCAUACAGUGUAUGUCAGAAUUUUGUCCAGUUGGAAAACAAUGUGCAAAUUUGUUUAGGUUUUAAAGAUGGAUGAACCUUUUGUAUCAAGGUUUGGUUAGUUUGUAUAAAACAUGGGUUUUAUUUCGUGUGAGAGCAAAUAUGCAUCAGAAAAUGCACCAAGAAGGUUGCAUUUGUGAAAGCUUAAACAAGAGGUAACAUCUGAAAUAUAUUCUUCUAUACUUUGACUUGAGUUGAUCACAAUCGGUUAUAAUCAAAUUCAUUAGUAUGGCUGACAAAACUGUGUUUAUUUGUGAGGGAAAUAUGCCCAUCCCUUCACUCCAGUUCAAUUGAAAAGACGGUGAGCUCCGAGUAUUUUUUUCAACAAUAGUUUAUUUUUUACUUUUGACCAGUAUACUGUAGAUGCACAUACAGUGUACUUGUACCUAAGUAACAGAUACAAAACAAUUUUGUGUGAACGUAUAUAUAGAUUACAUAACGUUACAUACUUUCUGUAUCAAUCUUGCAAUAUGAAUGUACUAUUCACAUUUACACUGUAUGGGUUAACAGCACAGUAACUUAAUUAACUUGCAUGUUAAUUGUGUAUGUAACGAUUGUUACUUUUUAAGAUUAAGUGUAUUGUAUCACAUUACAAUGUAUCAGCUGCCAUACAUGUGCAUGUACAUGUAUUGUAUUAAGGUGUCAUAUUGGUUAUCAGUGUUUAUCGAUGCUUUCAAAUAGUCAUGAAAAAUUAAACCUGAAGUAAGACAAAAAAAAAUCUGUGUGAGUGGUCAGAGGCAUAACUUGAUUUUGAGCUUCAUGCAUAGCUACCU